UUUUGGCACCCCUCCCACCAUGUGUGUGACCUCAGAAUGGAAAACCAAGAGAGAGAAGACUCAAGGGCAUGCAUAACCAUAAAUGAGGUGAGAGAAAGAGGGUGGCGGAAACCAAAACCCCCCGCCACGUGCCGCCGCACUUCGCCGGUGCUCCGGCUGCCCGGAAACCGGUUCCUCAUUAAAGGCUCAACUGGGGCACACCCUGGUGGUGUGUGGCUGUACCACUCUAGGAGAGAGAAAGCGAGUUAGUGUGUGUAUAUUGUUAUUGUUUUUAUUAUUAUUAUUAUUAUGAUGAUGUAGAAGUAGUAGUGUAGUGCAGUGUGUGAGUGUAGAUAGAUAGAGAUUAGAUAGCACCUCUUUAAGUCUCUUCCUUUCUUUCUCCGCGUUUUCUCUCACAAACCCAACGACGCUUUAAAAGCCCCUCCAUCAGUUACGCUUUCUUUUCACUUUGUGACACCAUAUAAUCAAUAUAUACACAUAUACAUAUAUAAUAUUAUAUUAUACUAUACUUUAAAAGGGUACAAGUGAGAGUGUUCAUUCAUUCAUUCAUUUUCAUUCAUAGGUGCAAACACAGACACAAGAGUUUAUAGAGAGAGAAGAAGAGGUGGUGGUGGUGAGGUAUGGUGUUAUGUUGCUGAUUCAGUGGAGAGAAAGUGGUGGUGGUGGGAGUGAUCAAGAGAGAGACAAUUAGAAAGAGAGAGAAGAGACAAGAAUGGAGUAUGGAAGUGGGUCUCCUGGUGAUCUCCAUCAUCACCAUGAUGGUUCUUCUGAUUCCCAGAGAAGGAAGAAGCGUUACCACCGUCACACAGCCAACCAGAUUCAGAGGCUUGAAUCGAUGUUCAAGGAGUGUCCUCACCCAGAUGAGAAACAACGGAUGCAGUUAAGUCGGGAGUUAGGCUUGGCGCCUAGACAGAUCAAGUUUUGGUUCCAGAACAGGAGGACCCAGAUGAAGGCUCAGCAUGAGAGAGCUGAUAAUUCUGCACUCCGUCAAGAGAACGACAAGAUACGCUGUGAGAACAUAGCCAUAAGGGAGGCCUUGAAAAACGUUAUCUGCCCCUCUUGUGGGGGUCCUCCCAUCAAUGACGAUUGUUAUUUUGAUGAGCAAAAGUUGAGAUUGGAGAAUGCUCAACUCAAAGAGGAGCUUGAUAGAGUAUCUAGCAUUGCAGCAAAGUACAUCGGAAGGCCAAUUUCUCAACUCCCACCUGUUCAACCUAUUCAUAUAUCUUCUCUGGACUUGUCAAUGGGGAGUUUUGCAAGCCAAGGGAUGGGUGGCCCUUCACUUGAUCUUGAUCUUCUCCCCGGGAGUUCAUCGUCCAUGCCGAAUGUGCCUCCUUUCCAACCAGCAUGUCUUUCAGACAUGGACAAGUCCCUCAUGUCCGACAUUGCCUCAAACGCCAUGGAAGAAAUGAUCAGGCUACUGCAAACAAAUGAGCCCUUGUGGAUGAAAGGUCCUGAUGGGAGGGAUGUCCUUGAUCUUGAUACCUAUGAAAGAAUGUUCCCCAAGGCUAAUGGUCACAUGAAGAACCCCAAUGUUCAUGCUGAAGCUUCAAGAGAUUCAGGAGUUGUUAUUAUGAAUGGCUUAACCUUGGUUGACAUGUUUAUGGACCCGAACAAGUGGUUGGAGCUGUUUCCCACCAUUGUCACUAUAGCAAGAACGAUUGAGGUUAUAUCUUCUGGAAUGAUGGGGGGUCAUAGCGGUUGUUUGCAACUGAUGUAUGAGGAGUUGCAAGUGCUUUCUCCACUUGUUUCUACUAGAGAGUUCUACUUCCUGCGAUACUGUCAGCAAAUUGAACAAGGCUUAUGGGCAAUAGUGGAUGUUUCAUAUGAUUUUCCUCAAGACAACCAAUUUGCUCCUCAAUUUCGAUCUCAUCGUCUUCCUUCUGGUGUCUUCAUCCAAGACUUGCCCAAUGGAUAUUCCAAGGUUACCUGGAUUGAACAUGUAGAGGUUGAAGACAAAACACCAGUUCACAGGCUCUACAGAAGCAUGAUUUAUAGUGGCAUUGCAUUUGGAGCGCAAAGAUGGCUAACUACACUUCAGAGGAUGUGUGAAAGAAUUGCUUGUCUCAUGGUGACGAGCAAUUCCACCCGCGAUCUCGGUGGAGUGAUUCCCUCACCUGAGGGGAAGAGAAGCAUGAUGAAACUUGCACAAAGGAUGGUUACAAAUUUCUGUGCAAGCAUCAGUGCAUCAGCUGGGCACCGAUGGACCACACUCUCUGGUAGUGGGAUGAAUGAGAUUGGAGUCAGAGUCACUGUGCAUAAGAGUACAGACCCUGGCCAACCUAACGGUGUCGUGCUAAGUGCAGCCACCACCAUUUGGCUCCCAAUCCCUCCACAAACCGUGUUCAAUUUCUUCAAAGAUGAAAAGAAAAGACCUCAGUGGGAUGUUCUUUCCAAUGGCAAUGCUGUACAAGAGGUUGCUCAUAUAGCAAAUGGUGCACACCCUGGUAACUGCAUAUCUGUGCUUCGGGCUUUCAACACAAGUCAAAACAACAUGCUGAUCCUCCAAGAGAGCUGCGUGGACUCAUCAGGGUCCUUAGUGGUGUAUUGUCCGGUUGAUCUUCCAGCCAUCAACAUAGCAAUGAGUGGGGAAGACCCUUCAUACAUUCCCCUCCUUCCUUCAGGGUUCACCAUUUCACCUGAUGGACAAGGUGAACAAGACGGUGGAGGAGCCUCAAGCAGCACAAGCUCAGGGAGGGUGAUGGGGGGUUCUGGUGGAUCACUCAUCACUGUUGCAUUCCAAAUCCUAGUUAGCAGCUUACCAUCUGCAAAACUGAACUUUGAGUCGGUGACGACUGUUAAUAGCCUCAUCGGCAACACUGUGCAGCAAAUAAAAGCUGCCUUGAAUUGUCCAAGUUCCUGA